AUGGUACACCUUGUGGCUGUACCAGAGUCAAUCACGGCAAGUGGCUGUGCUUGUGUCUUUAUCGACACCAUCUUCCGACUUCAUGGGUUGCCCCGUGAACUCGUAUCAGACAGAGAUCCACGAUUCACUGCUGAUUUCGUGCGUUCCGUGUUCAAAUCACUCGGAACGCGCUUGAAGAUGUCGACAUCUGAUCAUCCUGAGUCAGAUGGUCAGACGGAACGUGCCAAUCGUGUCCUUGAAGAGAUACUUCGAGGAUACGUACACUCCUUUAAGAGUUGGAGUGAGUUUUUGCCAAUGGUAGAGUUUGCCAUUAACAACGCGGUGCAUGCGUCCACGACCCAUACACCGUUUUACGUGAAUGGCUUGUGCCAUCCGCGUGUACCCACCUUACUAGAGUGUAACUCUGGUUUAAGGGGGGGUACUAGCGCGAGCAAAAACCGAUUUGGUUCACGCUCAUCACGCUCUGACGAAGAGGUCAUUGCGUUUGAUGCCGAUAUCGAUAACAUCGAUAUCGAAGAAGAUGAUGCCAGUGAAAGUGCGGAAGCCCUCACUGAAGAAAAGGUUGAUGUUUGCUGCAGUGCGCUCACAGCGCACUGA